AUGAGGUCCAAUCAUCCUUAUACUAUAACAUUUCCUAUAUGGUAAUGUGAUCAAUGGACUGCAUUAAGAGGACGGCUGAAGCUAUCUGAUGAAUAAGUUAUUAUAGCAAGGUGGAAUAAUACUAUGUAUUUAGAUGAAGAAUUGGCUUUUUUUGAUUCUCAACAUCGUAUUAAACCAUAAAAGGAAAGUAAGAUGCUCAAACCUCAAAUUGGUUUACUUCCUUCUAUAUUAUAGAUAGUUAGAACUAAUACAUACACAGAUGUCUUAAUUGAGAAUGUGACUUAAUGGUUUUUAACAAGUGGAGAUCUCUCAAAAUUAUUAUUAAUUUAUUUUGGAUAUGAUCUUUAUACUGGAUGUUCUCCACGUGAUUGUACUCUUGAGAAUAUAAUUAAAAAUGAUGAUUCAAUAGUUAUUCUAGAUUUUGGUUUGAGAAAACGUACAGAAAAGUAUUGUGUCUAUUGGAAUCCUCUUAUACUAAAGGGUAAACCUUAUAGAUCCUCUUAUUAAUGGUCUUUAGGAAUCAUGUAUUUAGUAAUGACAUAAGGGACUUACAUUCUUAAUGAAGUAUAAAAGCAUAUAAAUGAAUGGUUGAAAGGAGGAAGAUUAGAUAUAGGAUCCAUGAUAACUAAUAAAAAGUAAUCAGUCCAAAAUUUAAUAUCUUCUCUUUUAGAUCCAGAGAAUCCAAUACCUUGGAAUUAAAUCCCAAAUCAUCCAGCCUUUAGAGAAGAUAAUUUAUGUAAAUAAAUUCUCAAAGAUUUCUUAAUAAAAUCCAAUAGAACUGAAAUAAAAGGUCGAUCUUCAUCAAGAAUGAGUAAUAGAGAUGAAAAUAGUAAUUAAAUUAGUAUUAUGCCUUGUCCUUAUGGAUUAAAGAAUCCAAAAACUUGUGAUUAAAAUAUACUUAAUCAAUCACUAAUAACAAAGGUUAGCAAUUUAUUUAAAAUACAUCAAGACAAAGUACGUAAUGCUUUAGGGAAUUCUUAUUCAUCUGUUUAAAAUAGACAUGCAUCCACAUCAUAAUAGAGUAGAUAAAUACUUUAAACAAAUACUAGUACAAGUAGAUUUAAUAAUUUCUUAAAUUCUACUAAAAUAUUACCUAAAUCCUAAAUAAAAUAAUAGAAUUUAGGAUACAGAACUUUUAGAAAUUAAACUUAAAACAGCACUUUAAAUGUAGGAUCAGAUUCUAAUCGUAAAUCUGGAGAAUUUAUAUAAGAAAAUAGCAAUUAAGUUCCUUAAAAAUAGGAUUGUUUUUAUGAGAAAAUAAGAUCUAGGGUUUCAUCAAUAAAAGGGGAUACAAUUAAAUUAUAAUAAAAGCCAAGAAAUAGUUCUACGCAUUCUAUUUUAUAAGAAAAACCAAAUAAAUAAUAAAACAUUUAAAAAAAGUUAUCAAAAAAUUAAGAAGAAGUGUAAUAAAUUUAUUAAUAAUAAGAUGAAUUAAUAAAUGAUUAAUAAUAAUAAUAAUAAUAAUAAUAAUAAUAAUAAUAAUAAUAAUAAUAAUAAUAAUAAUAAUAAUAAUAAAUUAUUAAAUAUUGUGAUUUAGAUUAAUAAUAAUAACAUUAAUAAAUAUUAUCUAUUUAAUAAACAAAAUCUUAAUUAUAAUAAUACUCAUAACAAUAACUUAGUGUUAAUAAUAUAAGUAAUGCAGAUAAUUAUAUUCAAUUAAUUAAACGAAAUAAUUCAUAAAUACACCUAUUUUCACAAAAAUACAAUAGAUCUUUAGAAGCUAUCAAUAUAAUUGGUUAGACAGUUGCAAAAUGUUUAACAUUUUUUAAUGGAUUAUAGAAUUUUUGGGUUAUUCCUCUAUUUUUGGUUUUUAAGCGAAUGUUAUAAUUAAGAAAGUAGAUUGAAAAUUUAUUAUAGUAAAAAGUUAAUUCUUUUAAUUUUGAUGAUUGGGAAGAGAUUAUAUAAAGUUAAGAAUAUGAAAAUUAUCUUAAUAAAGUUAAGUAAGAUAAUUAACUUGUUUAAAGUGAAUUAAGUUUAUUAUUAAAUUCAGCAAAAGCAAAAGCAGAAAAAUUAGAUAAAACUAGGAGAGAGAAAGUUGAAUGGUUUUUAAAUGAUGAUUUGAAUGAUAAAAUAAAGGAUGUUUGUAAUACAUAUUUUCAUGGGUAGAUAUACAAGAAUAUUAAAGAUAGAAAGGGAAUAGUAAAAUCAAAUAUAGAAUGGCUAAAAUUAGAAAUCUAAGCUUAAGCUUCACUGAUAAUAUGUGAAUUACCUAUAUUAACAUGUGAUAAAUAAAACUUUUCUUAUGAAGAGUAUUUAAUUGCACUUGAAUUAUAAGAUGAAGAAUCAAUUUACUAAUACUUAAAAAAAAAUGAGCAUUAUCUCGAACGUAAAUGA